ACGUGCGCAUGCGUUCUGUAGAUAUGAUACUUUUGUUGAUAUUCUGCAGGAGUCCAAUUUUUGAUUUUAGUUUGGUUUUCAGUUCUAUUUUCCGUCUGCGAUUCUUUAGAUUGUAUACAGUCAGGCAAAGGUAAUAGACUCUGCAUGAGGGGCUGAUGGAAAACACGAGGGAUUUGACUGAACAUACUCCGCGGUCAGAAAGGAAAAGGCGGGACUCCUUCGGGAUGUUUGAUGGCUAUGACAGUUGCAGUGAGGACACAAGUAGCAGCUCCAGCUCAGAAGAGAGCGAGGAAGAGGUUACUUCUAUGCCAGCAAGCCUACCAAUCAUCAAGAACAAUGGACAGGUUUACACAUACCCCGAUGGCAAAGCAGGCAUGGCAAUAGCCGGGACAGAUGCUUGGAGACAGGCGGGAUCACACCUUCUAAACGUCGGCACGUUAACGUCAAGGCACUACCUUGGAUCAGCAACCUGUGAAAUGUGUGGUAUGGUUGGAGUGAGAGACGCCUUUUACUCCAAAACCAAACGUUUCUGCAGUGUUUCCUGCUCAAGAAGUUAUUCCUCUAAUUCCAAGAAAGCUAGUAUUCUGGCCAGACUCCAGGGUAAACCUCCAACGAAGAAGGCAAAAGUAUUACAGAAACAACCUCUAGUGGCUAAAUUGGCAGCUUAUGCCCAAUACCAAGCAAGUCAACAGAACCAAGCAAAAUUAAAACUAGGGUUUAACUGGGGUCAUUACAUUAGCAGCAAUAACAGUGUUGGAGCACCUGUUACCUGUUUUAAACAUGUGCCCAUGUCAUCCUGCUGGGGUGACGUUGCUGAAGGUGUAAGGGUAGAAGUACCGAACACAGAUAGUAACCUGCCAACGAAAGUCUACUGGAUAGCGGGGAUUGUCAAGUUAGCAGGCUUCAAGGCAUUGCUCCGGUAUGAAGGGUUUGAUAAUGAUACCAGCCAUGACUUUUGGUGCAAUCUCUGUGUUCCUGAGGUACAUCCUGUUGGCUGGUGUGCGACCAGUGGGAAGCCUCUUGUUCCACCAAAAUCAAUUCAAAAUAAAUACACAAACUGGAAAGCAUUUCUUGUGAAGCGACUUACUGGUGCUAAAACUCUUCCCCCAGACUUCUCCACAAAGGUACAAGAAAGCCUGCAGUAUCCUUUUAAAGCUUUAAUGCGAGUGGAAGUGGUUGAUAAAACGCAUCUGUGCCGGACUCGGGUAGCGAUUCUUGAAACUGUCAUCGGGGGCCGGUUGCGGCUGGUGUACGAAGAGAGUGAGGACGGCACAGAUGACUUUUGGUGUCACAUGUACAGCCCCCUCAUCCACCCUAUUGGAUGGUCUCGAAGCAUUGGUCACAGAUUUAAACGAUCAGAUGUUUCAAAGAAACAGGAAGGUCAAAUUGAUGCAUCUCCAGAAUUAUUUAUGAAGGUAAAAGAGGUUGACCAAAAUGGGGAAUGGUUUAAAGAUGGGAUGAAGCUGGAAGCAAUUGACCCUUUAAAUCUCUCUGCAAUAUGUGUAGCUACUGUAAGAAAGGUACUCGCUGAUGGAUACCUAAUGAUUGGGAUUGAUGGCUCAGAAGCAGCAGAUGGAUCUGACUGGUUUUGCUAUCAUUCCACAUCCCCUUCGAUAUUCCCUGUUGGCUUCUGUGAAAUCAACAAGAUUGAGCUUACUCCCCCCCGAGGCUACACAAAACUACCAUUCAAAUGGUUUGACUACCUCAGGGAAGUAGGAUCCAUAGCAGCACCAGUCAAACUAUUCAACAAGGAGGUUCCUAAUCACGGGUUUCGAAAGGGAAUGAAAGUGGAAGCUGUGGAUCUCAUGGAGCCUCGCCUCGUGUGUGUUGCCACUGUGACCCGCAUUGUCCACCGCCUGCUGCGGAUUCAUUUUGAUGGGUGGGAGGACGAGUACGAUCAGUGGGUCGACUGUGAGUCUCCCGAUCUUUAUCCUGCGGGAUGGUGUCAGCUGACUGGGUACCAGCUACAACCUCCAGCAGCACAGACCAGUUCAAGAGACAAUCCAACUAGUGUAUCAAAGCAGCAGAAGAAGAAGUCCCAGCAGUACAAAGGACAUAAGAAAAAGAGGAAGAUGCCAGUUGGGAAGAAGCCUGUGAGUUUGUCGAGCCUGCCUAUGACAGGCAUGGUGAGGAGGAGUUUCUCUGGGGAUGAAGAGCUGACUCCCCCUCCAUACCGAACCCUUCCUGCACAGACAGCCCCGGAGGCCUUCCAGCCUCCCAGCACUAGCCGGGAGUUCUGUCCCAGCCUCAAAACAGCAUCUUCACUGCAGAUAAAGGAAGAGUUACUGGAUGGGGAUGAAUUCACCUUCCUACAAGGAGUGUCUGACCAGGAAAGUAAUGGUUCUGGCAGCUAUUACAUCAAACAGGAACCGUAAGACAGCUGAGGGACUUUUGACAAAGCAAAAGCCUUAAUUCUGCCUGUCAUGGUCACCAUGUGGAUUUCAGUUCUGGACUUCUUAGCGAGACUCACUGACUACAAAAAAGAUUUCAAUUCAAAUGUUAAAUAGGUUUCAUAAUAUUUUGCUGAAAAAAGUCUUUUGAACAAUUUGCCAGAUGGACUUUUAAGUUCAUUGUACUUGAAGUUUUCGAAGGUGUUUUGUAACAUUUUCAAAGUUUAAAGUUGUUGUGUACCAUUCACCAAGUAGAUUUUGUUUUUAUUUUUUGGAAUUCAGUAGUUUGGGUGUUAUAAAUAGGUUUGUUUUGAAAUGAUGGCAUGUAGAUGCAAAAUGUUAUCUAAAUCGCAAACCUUGCUGGUAUUGGAUGAUAUUGGUUUAAAGGUUUCUACACAUUUCAAAUGCAAACAUUUUUACAUUUAAAUUGUUACUUUGAUAUAUAUUUUCCUGAUUGACGUUAAAAAGGCUUUUUGUUCUAAAACUCACAACAAUAUAAUGUAAUUAACUUCUAUGUGUCUAAAUUUAAGGUUUUAUUUUUUUGCUGGCCUCCAUUAACUUAGAGUUGGCAUCGAUAGAGAAAUAUCUGUGUGGUGCUUGGGCCAGGCAAUCAGUGUCUUUUACCAGUAAGGUUCAAAGAAUACAUUCUCAGGAAAUAACUGCAUUGUUUUAUAGGUGUGUCUGGGCCAGAGCCUGUUGCUUUCCCAGUUGUCAGUAUUUAGGUGAUGCACAGCACAUCAGAACAACAAAGGGACCUUUUUGGUGUUAAGAUUGAGGGUAGAAAUUUAUUAAUAAGCUUCUAAAGCGAAAAGUGAAUUUCUUGCAAAUUGUAUUGGAUUUGCUUGUCGAUACUGGGUCUUGAUCUCAGAAAGGUUCCUUUUAAGGCUACAAUAGAAAUCAUUAUUCUGCUUGACGUGGUUGGAUGCUUCUGAAGAAUUAUGAGAAAACUAUAUAUAAAAUGUUUUAUAUACUGCACAGGAAAAGAAUGCUGUAUAGGAUGUUGUAGAAACCAGCAAUGUGUUUAUGACCUUUAUUUUGAUCAAACCUAUGACCCUAAAUUGGGGGGGGGGGGGGAUAUAUAUUGACAUAUAUUACAUUCUAUGAAAAAGAAUAGAUGCUUUUAUUGUACUAGCUACUGUCAGAGGAAUGGUUCAGUUUUAACAUGAAGAGUUUCAUUUUCAGGCGAGCAAUAAAGCUGUUGAAAUAUUCUGCCAGCUGGAUUUUAGCAAAGGUUUUGUGUUCCAGCUGUUCCAUGCUAAUGUAACCAUGGACGGGACAGGCAUUGAGUUAACAUGUUUCCAUUAAGAUGCAUCAGAAAUGUUAGGGACUGCUGCUUGUGUUUCCUGUUUGAGGUAGCUACAGGUUGUUAAGGGUUCUGUAUAACACAAGUAGAACUAGUCUUUGAGUUAAAUGUGUUUCUCAUUUAGAUCAGGGCUUCCCAAACCCAGCCCUCGAGACCCCAGUGUCUUCUGGUUUUCAUUCCAACGGAGUUCUCAAUUAUGUAACUUAAUUUAACUAAUAAUUUGCUUAAUCUGACAUUUUUUUAAUUGUUCUCAGCUCCUAAAAAGUUUCAUAUUACUGCUAACAUUUUAUCAUUACCUUGAUUACUUCUAACAUUGUAUCAUUACCUUGAAAUCUGCAACUUUUUAAGAGCAAGAACAAUUAAAAAGAUCAAAUUAAUCAAAUGAUUAGUUCAAUUGAGGGUUUAGUUUAGUAAUUGAGAACUCAGUUGGAAUGAAAACCAGAAGACACAGGGGUGCUGAGGACCAGGUUUGAGAAGCACUGAUUAAGACACAAGUAAAUAGUUCAUCCAUUUAAAGAUUAACAGUUACAGCGACUUUGGAGCCGAGUAACUUUCAUUAGGUACCACAUAUUACUGCCAUAUUUUCUCACAUUGUUUUUCAAAGAAAUACAUACAAACAAACCAAAACCUUUAAACCGGUAUUUCCAUUUACAAGACGCGCACAUAAAAUGACUACCAUGUCUACACCUUGCACACCGUUUUGUAUUAUCCCCAGGCCAUAAUCAGGAAGCUGAAAAGAAAGUGAUUUGCUUAUACCAUUUUUAUUAAAGGCAGAUGAAUCAAACUGUUAAACAGUAUUUUGCUGAACCAGAUUUAAUUUUUUUUUUUUUUUUUUAACAAUCAAAACAAAAAACGGGUACAGUGAAAACCACAAAGAUGAGCCCAUGGUCCAGAAAUGCCCAGGUUGUAUAGGGAGUGAGGAACUGUAGUUGUGCAACGUCUGUUCUUUUGAUACUAACACGGGUCUCUUUAUGUUUCUGAUGUGAACCCUCUUCCCUCAGUCUUUGUAUUAUGGUGCUAUAUAUUUGAUAUACUGAUAAUCCUUUAUAACUGGGGAAUGACUUUUAGAAACUGUGAUUAUAUGGAGAAAUUACGUUUUCUUGUGUACUCUGUAUUUUGGAUACAAAUGGGGGAAAAAAAAAUAAAAAAAUCUUUGUAAAAAAAAUAAAUGAACGAAAUUAAAAAUAAUGACAAAUCAUUUUGUUAGCCACCAUACGUGGGAAAGUGCUACAUACAGGGUUUAUACAUCCUUUCCAGAAUUUUGAUAUAUAUAGAAUAUGUGUACAGAUCUGUAUUCUUUUCUUUCAUUUUCUUUAUUGGUAAUUUGUGCAGUGAAUCCAAGAUAACAAUGUAUAUAAGUGAUUUUUUGUUUUUGGGGGUGGGGAACAUGUUGAUGUCACAUUUAUAAACACUGCAAAAAAAAUCAGCAUGGGUGUGAAAAGCAUUACAAUUAAUUGUGUAAAAGAUGAAAAUAAUUCACUAAAGACUUUUUUACACUGAAUAAAAUGAUUAUACAAAA